AUGCAGGAAGAUGAUUCCUUACAACAUAAAUUUGCUUUAGUUUUCUACACACAAAACAAAAGGAUGUCCCCCUCAUUUUCUUUAUUUUACUCCGUCAUUUAUACCACAUUUAUGCUGUAUAAUCUUGUACUCUCAAUAACUGAGAAAAACAACCACGACAAGCUAGCCUUACUUGAAAUCAAAGCCAAAAUAAGUGAGGACCCUUUGGGUGUACUCAGCUCAUGGAAUGAUACCGUGCACUAUUGUGAGUGGUGUGGCGUUAGAUGUGGUCAUAAGCAUCGAAGGGUGACAAUACUCGACUUGAGUUCAUCAAAACUCGCAGGUAUUCUCUCUCCUUAUCUCGGCAAUUUGACAUAUGUCAAGGAGUUGUACCUUCACAACAACAGUUUCGGGGGUGUAAUACCGCCGGAAAUUAGUCGUUUACAUAGGUUACAAACUCUUUGGUUGAUGAAUAAUUCAAUUGGAGGGGAAAUACCAUGGAAUAUAUCAAGUUGUUAUGGUCUUGUUGAUAUGCACCUUUCUAAUAACAAAUUGAUGGGAGAAAUCCCUCCAACACUUGGUUCCUUAACACGAUUAGAAUUUCUAACAAUGUCGAAUAACAACUUGACAGGAAACAUUCCAACAUCAAUAGGGAACCUAUCGUCUCUCUCUAUACUCUCGAUAGCUCGAAACAAUUUAUUCGGCAAGAUCCCACAAUCGUUAGGCAAGCUUAAGAAUUUGGCUACCUUAGGUUUAUGUGAUAAUAAGUUUUUUAGUGUAAUACCACCUUCAAUCUUUAACUUCUCUAGGCUAACAAAUUUAUGUUUGUACCAAAAUGAGUUUGAGGGAGAUUUACCUUCAAAUUUAGGUAACACUCUUCCAAAUCUUCAAUGGUUCUCAAUAUAUAAUAAUCGAUUUAGUGGCUAUAUUCCAACUUCCUUAUCAAAUUCCUCAAAUCUACAAAUUCUUGAUUUGUCCAAGAACAAUCUUCAUGGUCAAGUUCCUUCUUUGCAAAAAUUAGUAAAUCUAGUUCAUCUUAAUCUAUACUCUAAUUCCCUUGGGUAUGCCCAAUUAGGAGACUUGAAAUUUGUUUCUACAUUAACCAAUGCUACUAAUUUACAAUGGUUAGAGAUAAAUCACAAUAACUUUAAAGAUGUUUUCCCUAAAAUCUUAUGCAAUUUCUCAUCAAUUACUUUUGUUGAAUUAAGCAACAACACAUUAGUUGGAGAAAUUCCAAAUUGCAUAGAAAAUUUAAUCCAAUUACAACAUUUUGAUGCUAGUAACAAUGCACUUUUUGGGAGUAUCACCCAAGGGAUAGGCAAGCUUCAAAACUUGAACUUUUUGAACCUACAAGGCAACCAAUUCUCUGGGAAUAUUCCAACCUCGAUUGGAAAUUUAACCGAGUUAUCAUUGUUAUCCUUUUCGCGAAAUAGUCUUGAGGGCCAAAUACCCCUCGAGCUAGGAAAUUGUAUAUCAAUUCUAGAGAUAGAUCUUUCAAAUAACAAGCUUAGUGGUAUGAUACCCUCGCAACUUUACAGUCUUCCAACUUUAGAUAUUGCACUAUAUCUAUAUAAAAAUCACCUUACAGGAUCUUUGUCUGAAGAAAUUGGACUACUAAAGAAUGCUAAAGCUCUUGAUGUAUCUCAAAACAUGUUAUCUGGCGAGAUUCCUAGUUCGCUUGGUGAUUGUGUUUCAUUAGAGCUCUUAUCGUUGAGUGGAAAUCAUUUCCAAGGAACCAUUCCGAAUUCAUUACAUGAACUAAAAGGCCUUCUUUAUUUCGAUUUGUCAUAUAAUAAUUUAUCUGGCGAAAUACCAAAGUUUAUGUUGAAUCUUCAAUUGCAAGGGCUAGAUCUUUCAUAUAAUAGCUUUGAAGGCGAAGUGCCAGUUAAGGGAGUUUUUAGCGAUGCGAAAAAUAUUUUUGUAACGGGAAAUAAGGGUCUUUGUGGAGGUAUUUCAGAGUUGAAGUUGCCUCAAUGCAAAAAAAGCCUCAACAUCCAAGAAAGAACUUCAUCGAAACAUCGAAAAAAGCUCACAAUUGUGAUCAUUUUUAUGUCGAUUGGGGUUAUUAGUCUCGUGUCAUCCCUUUUACUAUUGCACAAGUUUUGGAAAAAGAGGAGGACUAACACAUCCUCAAGUUCUAAUGACUUAAAAAAUUUUCCUAAUUUGUCUUUCCAAAAACUUCUUAAAGCCACAAAUGGGUUCUCCUCAGAAAACUUGAUUGGUAGUGGCACGUAUGGGGUCGUAUACAAAGGGGUACUCGACGAAGAUGGAACAAUGGUUGCUAUCAAAAUUUUUAAUCUUGAACAUUAUGGUGCUUCCAAGAGCUUUUUGGCCGAAUGUAAGGUGCUUCAGAACAUACGACAUAGAAAUCUCGUCAAAGUGAUAACAGCUUGUUCGAGUGUCGAUCAUCAAGGGCGAGAUUUCAAGGCUUUGGUUUUCGAGUAUAUGGUAAAUGGAAGUUUGGAAGAUUGGUUACAUACAAGUAACACAUCAAGAAAGUUGAGUUUUACUCAAAGAGUUGAUAUUGCAAUAGAUGUUGCAUAUUGUUUGGAUUAUGUUCAUAAUCAAUGUGCUUCUUAUUUGAUUCAUUGUGACCUUAAGCCUAGCAAUGUUCUUCUUAAUGUUGAAAUGGUAGCACAUGUUGGUGACUUUGGGGUUGCUAAAUUCUUUCCAAAAGAUACUAAUAAUAGCUCUCAACUGAUUCAGUCUAGCACUAAUACAAUCAGAGGAACUAUUGGGUACACUCCUCCAGAAUAUGGCUUGGGAAAUGAAGUGUCUACAAGUGGUGAUGUCUAUAGUUUUGGGAUUCUUUUACUAGAAUUGUUUACAGGGAAAAGGCCAACCAAUGAGAUGUUCAAAGGGGACUUAAGUCUUCACUGCUUUGUGAAAGAAGCUUUGGGUGAUCAAAUAACCACAAUUCUAGAUCAUGCUCUUCUUCAAGACAUUGAAAGCCAGGAAGAAGAUUGCAAUUUGAAACUAGAGGCCAUAAAUUGUAUGCUUGAAAUUGCACUUUCUUGCUCAAAUUAUGUACCACAACAAAGGUUGGACAUGACUUAUGUUGCUACAAAGCUAUCUUCAAUUAGGAAAAACAUUAUUGGAGCUUGUUCACAACAAAGAAGACAAUCCAACCAAGGAAACAAUAGGGAUGCAUUUUAAGUCAAGUUGAUCUGCCUCUAAACUCAAAAUAAGCAGGAGUUAUUUGCUUUCAUGAUUUCUUCCAAAAGAAUUAUAUAUUUUUCUUUUCCUUUUAGUAUUAGACUUCUUCUAAUAUACCAUAAAAGCAUUUUAGAGCUAAUUAAACCAAAGUAAUCUUCUGUUUGGAUUUUUCUAGUUGAAGGAGAAUGAGAACAUGUUAAAAAAAAGUCCAGUUUAUAUGGAUGAAUGAUAUCAU